CUCCCUCUUCCUGAGAGGCUUUGCGCAGAGAAGCAGAGGUAGUCCCGUUAAAGACCUCAGACCCGGGUCAGGACCCUGCAGUAUAGGCUACACAGGAGCGACCCACAGAAGGAGGAUUCAGAGUCCGGAUCAGACUCUCCGUGAAAGUGGACUACAGAGACCAGCAGCAGCGUUUCCCACGGUCUGAUCUCCCCAGCAGGACGGUUAUUGGUGUGUGCGUGUGUUCAGUGCUCAGUUUUACAGCAACAGGUCGAGGAUCAGCUGCAACAUGCCGAGUAAGAGCCAGUACCUGCGCCCCCGGCUCUGCAAGUUGGAGAAGGGCGACAACGGCUACGGCUUCCACCUGCACGGAGAGAAAGGUAAGACCGGACAGUUCAUCCGGUUGGUGGAGCCGGACAGCCCGGCGGAGGUGGCGGGGCUCCGCGCUGGAGACCGGCUGGUGUUCGUGAACGCGGAGGACGUGGAGAACGAGAGCCACCAGCAGGUCGUGUCCCGGAUCAGAGCCACCGUGGGCUGGCUGGAGCUCAUCGUGGUGGACCCGGACACCGAGCAGCUGCUGAAGAAACACAACAUGAAGUGUCUGAAGGAGUACGUUACCGAGGGAGUCCCGUUACCCCUCGAUGAGGAGGAGGGGGAGGAGGAGGGAGAGGUGGAGGUGGAGGUGGUGGUGGAGGAGGAUGUGGAGGUGAACGGGACAGAGAUAGAAGAUGAGCAGCUCGAGAAGAAGAACGAUGUGGAGGAGGAAGAGGAGGAGGAGGAGGAGGAGGAGCAGGAGGGGACACCCAGAGAGGCGACCCCGGUCCCGGAGAGCAACGGAGGACUUCACGAACACGUGGAGAAAAAGCUGAGCAUCGAGUCAGAGAAGGAGGAGAGCCCCGAGCUGCGGCCUCGUCUCUGCGUGAUCCAGCGGGGGUCCAACGGGUAUGGCUUCAACCUGCACAGCGAGCGGGCACGGCCGGGUCAGUACAUCCGAGCUGUGGAUGAAGACUCUCCAGCAGAGCGGGCCGGCCUUCUGCCUGCAGACAGGAUAGUUCAGGUGAACGGUGUGUCGGUGGAAGGAAAGACGCAUUCAGAAGUCGUAGCGGCAAUUAAAGUGGGCGGGAACGUGGUCCGUCUGCUGGUGGUGGACCCCGACACAGACGCCUUCUUCAAGAGAUGCCGGGUGACCCCCGCCUCGGACCACCUGACGGGUCCGCUGCCUGAACCUGUCGUCAAUGGAGGGAUGGAGGAGAAGGUGAACGGUCGAGGGGCCAAAGAGGCGGAGAGAGACUCUAAGUUGUCCAUCAGUCCGUCUCCAUCCAACGCUUCGUCCAACGCCUCGUUCACGACCCCGCCCACAAACACCCCGCCGGAGGGUUUGAUCGCGGACGCCAUCCCGGCUCUGAACCUGUCGCUGCAGCAGGUCAAAGAGCUCGCCCACCAGAAACGCUCCAACAAGAGAGCCCCGCCCAUGGACUGGACCAAGAAGAACGAACUCUUCAGCAACCUAUAGGACACCUCAGCUCACACAUACACACACGCACACAAAAACAGAGACACACACACACACACACACACACACACACACACACACAAAAACAA